AUGGAGUUUGGACGGAUGUUGAGGAAUUUGACAAUUAUGGAAUUGGAAGGGAUUCUUUUUUCUUGGGCUUCACAUGGGGAAGAAAUUAGUGAUAGACUUCGUUUUUUUGUUGAAGAAUGUGACCAUGUACAGGGAUUUCAAUUUGUAGUUGAUGACUCUGGAGGUUUCUCUUCUGUGGGUGCUGAGUUUCUAGAAAACAUUGUGGAUGAGUAUACAAGCACUCCUGUCCUGCUGUAUGCUGCCCGUGGUUCUGGUUCACGAGCAAGUUUUCAGACCAGGAAGCGUACAAUCUUAGAGGAGCUUCAUGAUGCUAUAUCAUUUUCAAGACUAUCAUCCUACUCUAAACUAAUUGUACCUGUUGGUCUGCCCUCCUUAGGUAGAGCUUCCAAGUUCCUCCACAUUAAAGAUGAGAAGCAUUACCACUCAAGUGCCGUUUAUGCUGCUGCACUACACUCCAUUAGUCUUCCAUUCCGAAUAUUACCAGUUGGGCCUACUGCAGAUGCAUGUUCUGUUUCUGGGGUUGUGGAUUUUCAUGGACUUAUUCAAAUGUUAUCAGGGCAAGGAAGGCAGAAUAUGGUGUCAAUUCUGGAUGUUUCCAUGCCAACACCUGCUUUAACUGGGGGACAGAAUGAAGUGUCUUUGUUAGAAAAUUUUCAGCCGUUGACCCCAAUGAUUUCUGAGGACGUUGAAGACAUACAGGCAAUUGAACACUUGACAGUACAUGGAGCUUUUGCAUCAGAAGCUCGUCGCGCUUCAGUUUGUGAAGUAAAAGAUUCAUUGGAUGCUGCUUUUGAGCGUGCCAAUACAAGGCCAAUUGCAGACCUCAAUCACCCUGCUGCAGUACCUUGA